GUUAUUCCCACCCUUCUCCACCCAUACAGGAAGCUGGACUGCUAACCAGCUAGCUGUCAACAAAGGGCAAAACUCCACGAAAUCAGCAAAUCCAUGUGGAAGUCGGCGGUAUUGCCGACUCCGAACUCCUUCCUCUAAAUUGCAUUUCACUACGCCGACAGCUGAAUCCUGAACAUGGCGACAACUGCUCAGCUGUUCGAGGAGCCCUUUGAUGCAGAUGAGUACAUCGAAAGGUUGGCAUGGAGGACACCUGGAGGAGGCUCCAAAGGAGGAGCUGAGGCAUUUGACCCUAAAAGGCUGUUGGAAGAAUUUGAGAACCACAUAGAAGAGCUGAAGCAGUUGGAUGAGAAGAUCCAGCGACGUGUGGAGAAGCUUGAGCAUCAGUGUCAUCGCGAGGCCAAGGAAUUUGCCCACAAAGUUCAUGACUUGCAGAGAAGCAACCAGGUGGCCUUCCAGCAUUUCCAGGAGCUCGAUGAGCACAUCAGCUAUGUGGCAACCAAGGUUUGUCACCUUGGCGACCAGCUGGAGGGGGUAAACACGCCUCGGCAGAGGGCUGUGGAAGCUCAGCGUCUGAUGACCUACUUCAACGAGUUCUUGGAUGGAGACCUACGCAGUGACGUCUUCAAUAACCCAGACAAGAUUAAGGAGGCUGCUGAUAUAAUUCAGAAGCUGCAUCUCAUUGCCCAGGAGCUGCCAUUCGACAGAUUUGCAGAUGUAAAGGCAAAAAUUGCAAGUAAGUACCAUGACCUGGAGCGGCAGUUAAUCCAGGAGUUUACAGCUGCCCAGCGCAGGGGUGAGAUUGGACGUAUGCGGGAGGUGGCAGCAGUUCUAUUACAUUUCAAGGGCUAUGCACACUGUGUGGAUGUUUAUAUCAAGCAGUGUCAGGAAGGGGCUUACCUGAGGAAUGAUGUGUUUGAGGACACUGCAGUCCUCUGCCAAAGGGUCAACAAGCAGGUGGGCGAGGUCUUCAGCAGUCCAGAGACUGUUAUGGCCAAACUCAUCCAGAACAUCUUUGAAAACAAAUUACAGGCCCACGUUAAGGAAAAACUGGAUGAGACUCGACACUCUGAUGUAGAACAGUACCUCAAGAACCUCUAUGACCUUUACACCAAGACCACAGCACUGGCCACCAAGCUGACAGAGUUUAACCUGGGCUCAGACAAGCACACUUUCCUGUCCAAGCUGAUAAAGAGCAUCUUCUCCUCAUACCUGGAAAGCUACAUUAAUAUGGAGAAGGAUUACCUUCGCUCUCGAGGUGCCAUGAUUCUGCAGCGCUACUACGACUCCAAGAAUCACCAGAAACGCCUAAUUGGCACCGGCAGUAUCCAAGAACUGAAGGAGCGGAUCAGACAGCGCACAAACCUCUCACUCGGCCCUGUCAUAGACACCCACGGGGAGACCUUUUUGUCCCCAGAGCUUGUUGUCAACCUGCUGCAAGAGACACGUCAUGCCUUUGAGAGAUGCCACAGGCUUUCAGAUCCUUCAGACCUGCCAAAGAACGCCUUUUCAAUCUUCCUGCUGCUGGUCGACCAUCUGUGUGUGGAACACAUCGACUACGCCUUAGAGAUUGGCCUCUCAGCAAUUCCCUCAUCAGAUGCCAAGAAUGCCAACCUGUACUUCCUGGAUGUUGUUCAACAGGCAAACUCUAUCUUCCACUUGUUUGACAAGCAGUUUAAUGACCAGCUCAUGCCUCUAAUAAGCUCAUCUCCAAAGUUGGCAGAGUGCCUGCACAAGAAGAAAGAGGUGAUUGAACAGAUGGAAGUAAAACUGGACACAGGAAUCGACAGAACAAUAAACUGCAUGGUGGGACAAAUGAAGCACAUCUUGGCAACAGAGCAGAAGAAGACGGAUUUCAGGCCUGAGGACGAGAACAACGUCAUGAUUCAGUACACUACAGCCUGCUCCAAGGUAUGCGUCUACGUCAGUCGGCAGGUGGAGCAUGUUCGGAAGUCUAUGGAUGGGAAAAAUGUGGACACAGUGCUGACGGAGUUGGGCGUUCGUUUCCACCGGCUCAUCCACGAGCACCUACAGCAGUACAGCUACAGCUCAAUGGGAGGCAUGCUGGCCAUCUGCGAUGUGGCUGAAUACAGACGAUGCGCCAAGGAUUUCAGGGUCCCUCUGGUGCUGCAGCUCUUUGACACACUCCACGCCCUCUGUAACCUCCUGGUUGUUGCCCCUGACAACCUGAAGCAGGUGUGUUCAGGUGAGCAACUCACCAAUCUGGACCGAAACCUCCUGCACGCCUUCGUCCAGCUCAGAGUGGACUACCGUUCAGCAAGACUGGGCCGACACUUCAGUUAAUGACUGAUUCAACACCUCGCUGCCCUCCGUCCAGUAACCCAUGCUUUGAUGAGACGAUGCACCUUGGAGAUACCCAUCGCGGCUUCAGAGAAUGCAUCAGCCUGGCCCCAGCAUACAGACUUUACUGGGAUUGCUUUGUGCAUCAUGGAGGCUG